UUUUUCCUUUCCUUUCCUUUUUCUCUCGUCAUAAUCCGUAUCGCUAAACUAGAUUUCCCCUUGCUAAUUCUGGCAUGGCACACCCCGCCGCAACUAAUCACGCUCCCCUCUAGUGGUCCUCUGUCCUGUCGCUUCUGCCGCUGCAGCCGCUGGUUACAAGUCAUCACCCCCUUCUCCUCUGCUCUCGCCGUGCUUCCUCCUGUGCUUGAGAGUUGCAGUGUUACAGACCUGGUGCGCAGAUUUGGAGAGAUUUUUUGUGGGAAUUCCGGUGGGUUUUGGAGCGGAGAGGAGGUGGGGAUGGAGAUGCCGGGAGGGAGCGGGGGGCCGGCGCUGGCGCGGCAGGGCUCGAUCUUCUCGCUGACGUUCGACGAGUUCCAGAGCGCGCUCGGCGGCGCGAGCAAGGACUUCGGCUCCAUGAACAUGGACGAGCUGCUGCGCAACAUAUGGACGGUGGAGGAGUCCAACGCCAUGGCCGCUGCCGCGACGACGACCGCCGCGUCGGCUGCUGCAUCCGUGGACGCGCUCGCGCACGCGCAGCCGGGGUCCAUCCAGCGGCAGGCCUCGUUCACGCUGCCCCGCACGCUCAGCCAGAAGAUGGUGGACGAGGUCUGGCGCGAGAUCGUGGGCCUCACCGGCGGGGACGACGCGCACGCCGCCGCGGCCGCAGUUUCCGUUCCGGCAGCCCCCGCGCCCGCGCCGGCGCAGGCGCAGCGGCAGCCGACACUGGGGGAGAUGACGCUGGAGGACUUCCUGGUGCGCGCCGGCGUGGUGCGGGAGGAGAUGGGGCAGCCCCUCGUGCUGCCGCCGCACGCGCAGGCGUUGUUCUCGCAGGGCAAUGUGGUCGCGCCGCCCAUGCAGCUGGGGAACGGGAUGGUGCCCGGAGCCGUCGGGCAGGGGGUUGCCGGAGGGAUGACGGUGGCGGCGCCGACGACACCGGUCGUACUGAAUGGGUUCGGGAAGAUGGAGGGAGGGGAUAUGUCGUCGCUCUCGCCGGUGCCGUAUCCGUUCGACGGUGCGCUGAGGGUGAGGAAGGGCCCUGCUGUCGAGAAGGUGGUAGAGAGGAGGCAGAGGCGCAUGAUCAAGAACAGGGAGUCGGCAUCCAGGUCACGUGCAAGGAAGCAGGCUUACAUAAUGGAGUUGGAAGUUGAGGUGGCAAAACUUAAGGAGGAGAAUGAAGAAGUUCAGAAAAAGCAGGAUGAAAUGCUAAAGAAGCAAAAGGAUGAGGUCCUGGAGCGAAUCAACAAGCAACAUGGACCAAAGGCAAAGAGAGUUUGCCUGAGGCGGACUCUGACCGGGCCAUGGUAGACUGAAGUUCUCACAGCAUUGGCCAAAGUUAAGAUCGUUGCUUCUUUAGAUAUGACCGGUGUAUAUGUCAGAUGAAGUCAGAAUCUCCAGUGCCCCUGUAGGCCACCGCUUCAGAGCUACAUUCCCCUUUGUUCCGUGACCGUUCGGUCCCUUGGGUAGACUGCCUGUGACAUUUACCGUUUAGGUUCAGCUGCGCAAUCCUCACAUGAAUACUGAGGCAUACCAUCAAAUCUGUUUAACUCCCUCCUAUCUGUCGGCAUGAUGAGAUCGCGCGUGUAACUUAUGUUGUUUCUGGAUGCAUCUGUGCAGCUGCUUUGCGUAUUUGCGUAUUGUUGAGAUAAUCAGAUACCACCAGGUUAUAGUACAGUGGAUCUGUACCCUGUAGCGAUAAGAGUGUUUAGUUUCUGACCUGCUUGUAACAAUACCCGUUUUCUGGGCUAUGUGAGUAAUGAAUCUAGACGACAGCUACCUGUCGUGUUUAAUGAA